AGCUAUCUUGACGCUCCGGAAAAGCGGCAGCGAGUUGCAGUGAAACACGACGACUGAAGAGAGCGGAGGGAGAGGAGGACGGAGGAUGAUGGGAGCGAAUAUUAUCCCCUUUGAGUGACCCAUAUCUGCCAGUAGACCUACAUAUUAUCCAUCCUAGUUCCUGUUCUCGAGGCUUUUUCUCCACCAAGAUGUCGGCGUCGGCGAUAUUUAUCCUCGACCUGAAGGGAAAGGUGCUAAUCUGCCGUAACUACAUGGGGGACAUGGACAUGAAUGAGAUCGACCACUUUAUGCCCAUCCUGAUGAAAAGAGAAGAGGAGGCUGAGAUGACGCCUCUGGUCACGCAUGGAGCCUCACACUUUCUGUGGAUCAAACACAGCAAUCUUUACUUGGUCGCCAUGACCAAGAAGAAUGCCAAUGCUGCUCUGGUAUACUCUUUUCUCUACAAAAUUGUACAGGUAUUUAAAGAGUACUUCAAGGAGCUGGAGGAGGAGAGUAUCCGUGACAACUUUGUGACGGUGUACGAGCUGAUGGAUGAAGUAAUGGACUACGGCUUCCCUCAGACGACUGACAGCAAGAUCCUACAAGAAUACAUCACUCAGCAGGGUCAUAAAUUGGAGGUUGGAGCUCCUCGACCUCCUGCCACCGUCACCAACGCCGUGUCCUGGAGGUCGGAGGGCAUCAAGUACAGGAAGAACGAAGUUUUCAUGGAUGUGAUUGAGUCCGUAAAUCUGCUGGUGAGUGCGAAUGGAAGCGUCCUGCGGAGUGAAAUAGUGGGCACCAUUAAGCUCAAAGUGGUCCUGUCCGGGAUGCCUGAACUCAGACUGGGCCUCAAUGACAAAGUGCUGUUUGAAAUCACAGGCAGAGAGAAGAGUAAGACAGUGGAGUUGGAGGAUGUGAAGUUCCAUCAGUGUGUCCGUCUGUCACGCUUUGAGAACGACCGCACCAUCUCUUUCAUCCCCCCUGACGGCGAGAGUGAGCUCAUGUCCUACCGCCUCAACACCACGGUAAAGCCACUCAUAUGGAUCGAGAGCGUGAUUGAGAAGUUCUCUCACAGUCGUGUGGAGAUCAAGGUGAAGGCUCGGAGUCAGUUCAAGAGCCGCUCCACCGCUAACAACGUGUCCAUUCUGGUGCCAGUGCCCAGUGACGCUGACUCUCCUAAGUUCAAGACGAGCACAGGCAGCACUAAGUGGGUGCCUGAGAAGAGCGUGGUGCAGUGGAACAUCAAGUCUUUCCCUGGAGGGAAGGAGUACAUGAUGCGGGCGCACUUCGGGCUGCCCAGUGUGGAGAGUGAAGAGCUGGAGGCAAAGAGACCAAUCACUGUGAACUUUGAGAUCCCAUAUUUCACUGUGUCUGGAAUUCAGGUGCGCUAUCUUAAGAUCAUAGAGAAGAGCGGUUACCAGGCGUUACCAUGGGUGCGUUACAUCACACAAAGUGGAGAUUACCAGCUCCGGACAAACUAAAGGGCACAGAUGCUGCUAGACGAAUGGAUAUUUUCUCUCUCUGUCUGUCUUCCUCACUCCUCUCCUCUCCUCUCCUCUCCUCUCUCUGUGUCUCCGGCUCCCUGGCUGCAGCGGACAGCAGAGGACAGGGUGCAGAAGGACACAUGAAUUUUUGUUUUCCCCACACGAAGGAAAACAAGACAUCUUCAUUUCCUUUAACACGUUUUCAACUCAGACAGCAGAGACUGUUUCAUCGACUGUGACCUGACCUGUGAUUUUUUUUUUCAUCAAGCUUCCUCAGGACUCGGGCUAAACAUUUUAAUAUGUGAAUAAUGAACUGACGACUUUUUGACACAGUCUGGUCCUGGCUAGCUCUCAUUUUCUCUCUGUUAAUGCGAUAUCCCUCAAGGUCGACCUAGAGCUAAAUUAUAGGAACAAGAUAUAAUUUCUUCAUCAAAUCAUUUAGAAGAAUGUUGAAUUAUGACCAGGUAUUGGAUUAAAAGCAUUACCUUUUUGGGUGGGGUUUUUGAUUUGCAGCUUUAUGCUGUGUAACCAAAAUCCAAUUAGCCAACUGUGAUGGCUAGUUGUUAGUUUUUAUUUCUCAUAGAGCCAUGAUUUCAAAUGUUUUCUAAAUCAAAGUGUGCCAUGUACUGCUUUCCUCAGUGUACAGAAACUUACAGCUAUACUAAAUUGUGUCUCAUUGGUUAGAAUCUUUAUCUAUAAGGCUUUUUAUUCCUAAUAUGCUCUGUCCCUUUACAUCCACUUUUUUAUCCAUAUCCAGUCCUUUUUUACUUCAGCUGUUAAUCCACUCCUCUUGAAGGCCCAUGUUUUGUCCGAGUCUCUAUAUUAUAUUUAUUGCCUUAAAGAAAAUUGCCUAUGUAUCAUCACCUUUAGCACUGUGAAUAGAAUCCCCAGUGCCAUGAAACUAAUACCAGCGACCAGAUCAAUGAUUAAUAAGGCACAAUAUUGUCAGAGGCGUCGACAGUGUAACAUAAUACCGUCGACGCACUCCCACGAGGCCUCUAACCUCGUCCCUUUCCUCAAAAUCUGCCUGCAGUUCUGGAGGAAUGAGCACUGUGCAGAAUUUUUUGUCAUAUUUUUAUCUGUUUUUAUACUGUACUAGAAGGUCCCCUGUGGGAGGAGUGUGAAGGACAAAACUGGGGAUACAGGAGGGCUUGUUUGGGGCAUGACAAAGGUAAAAUCACCUACAGGGAUUUCUCUGCAGAAUCUGAGAAUAUUGAUAAAAUGUUGUGGCAGUUUUUCCCCUGUGACUUUUUAUUUUUCAUCAACCUCUGCAGGCCUCUUCUUCAAAAGCAGUUUGUGGUGUAAUUCACUCCCUCGUUGUGUUGUGCAUGCACUGCACCACUUCAGUUCAGCUUCACUGCCAGCAGCAAAGAGGAGUCAUGUGUCGCUUUAUUGCAUCUCUGCUGUUAAAGUAAAAAACUGUCUUUUACAAUCAUUCCAUUAUCUGGUGUGGGGCAGUCUUUCAGACACCAUGGGGAUGGUUGAUAAGUGUGUGUUAAAAUGUGUUGUCUUUAAUUUAUCAGCUACUGUAUGUCGAUAGGAAGCAAAGGGAUAUAUUUGGAAAUAAAUUUUUGUAUCUUGUA